AUGAAGUGGCCUACUGCUUCCUGGGCGUUGGCAGCUCUCGCAGCCUUGCCCAGUGUCCUUGCCAUUGACCCCAAGGGCCUGCUGGCUGCCAAUCGCUACUCUGGCGCCCUUCCGAAUCCUACAGGAGAGUUUGCUCUGUUUACGUCGACAAAUUAUUCCUGGGACGCAGGCAAGUCCAAGAGCGUUUGGAACGUCUUGAACUUGACUACUGGGGACAUCAGUGUCUGGGGGCCUGCUUCUGAGAUCUCUGAGAUUGUGUUUGUUGGCUCCAAGCCCACUAGCAUUCUCUACCUCAAUGGUUCCAACGCGAAUGGCGAUGGCGUUAGUCUUUACACAUCCGAUAUCGCCAGCCCCGACAACGCUACGCUCGUAGCUUCUUUAUCCGGUGACUUUUCUGGUCUCAAGGCUGCUCAGACCAAGUCCGGGGAUAUCAAUUUCUUGGUGUACUCGAAGGCUUAUCCCAACGGAACUGCCUACAGCGAGGCGACUGCUGUCGCUCCUCGAAGCACAGCCAGAAUCUAUGAGGCUAUCUAUGCCCGUCACUGGGAUUAUUGGCUGUCAGAGGUCAAGCAAGCCGUCUUCGGUGGUGCUCUCACCAAGAACGGCGACGGAUACUCCUACGGUGGCAACUUGACAAACUACGUGACAGGAAUCCACAACGUCACAUAUGCUGAGAGCCCUCUGGAUCUCAACGGAGCUGAUGACUACGAUCUCUCGCCAGACGGAACCAAGAUCGCCUUCCUGACCAAGGAUGUCAACUUGCCGUUGGCCAACUUCACAAGCAGCCAGAUCUACUUGGUGCCCUUUGACGGCACUGCCAAGGAUGCUGUUCCCAUCAACGCCAGAGGCUCUACCAAGUACCCCGAUGCGCAGGGUGCUUCUGCCAACCCCAGAUUCUCUCCUGAUAGCACCAAGGUUGCCUGGACCCAGCAGAACGGCAUCUACUACGAGUCCGACCGCUCUAUUCUCUACACCGCCAAGGUUGACGGCGACUCCUUUGACGUGACCCGCCUUGCUGGAGAUUGGGACAGAUCGCCUGGCCUUCCCUUAUGGUCCCAAGAUGGCGAGACUAUCUUUGUCGACGCACCGGAUCUGGGCCGUGAUCGUGUCUUCUCUGUUCCUGUCACUGCCGGUGACGACUUCAAGCCCAAGAAUAUCACGGAUGAGGGCGUGGUGGCUGCCUUUCACAACCUCCCAGAGGGAAAGCUCCUCAUCUCUGAUUCCAAGAUCUGGACCAGCCGUGACAUCUACACAGUCUCUACCGAUGGCACGGAUGUAAAGUAUCUUCUCCAGGCCAACAAGGUUGACGAUGCUCUUGCAGGACUUGGACCUGAGGAUGUUUCUGAGUUUUACUACUCCACCAACACUUCAGAGAUCCAGCAGCAGGCUUGGGUCAUCUACCCCGAGGGUUUUGACAAGACCAAGAAGUACCCUCUGGCAUACAUCAUCCACGGUGGACCUCAGGGUGCUCACUACAACUCCUGGUCGACACGCUGGAACUUCAAGGUUUGGGCCGAUCAGGGCUAUGUUGUCAUUGCACCCAACCCUACUGCUUCAUCUGGCUGGGGUCAAAAUCUCACCGAUGCCAUUCAAGGACGCUGGGGAAGCUACCCCUUGUGGGACAUUGUCCAUGCCUACGAGCACGCCAAGGCCAACUUCGACUUCAUUGAUUUCGACCGAGCUAUUCAGGCGGGUGCCAGCUUUGGUGGAUACCUAACUAACUGGGUCCAAGGUCAUGACUUCGGACGUAACUUCAAGGCCCUGGUUACCCAUGACGGUUCCACCUCCACUCUGAACCAGUACGCCAGUGAGGAGCUGUGGUUUAUGAACCACGACUUCAACGGCCCAUUCAACUCGAGUGGCCUGAAGCCAGGCUCCCCUUACUACGACUGGAACCCCAUCAACUACGUCGACAACUGGGCCACCCCUCACUUCGUGGUCCACAACGACUUGGAUUUCCGUCUGCCCGUGUCCGAGGGAAUUCUGCUCUUCAACUUGCUGCAGGUCAAGGGUGUCCCCAGCAAGUUCCUCAACUUCCCCGACGAGAACCACUGGGUGCUGAACCGCGAGAACAGCUUGGUGUGGCACACUGAGAUCUUCAAGUGGAUCAACUACUACAGCGGUAUCGGCAACGCCACUAGCCCGUACUAA